AUGUCAUCAAUUUAUGAAACAACUGAUCGACCAAAAGAAUAUAACUCAUCGAAAUUAGAAUCAUUACUUCCCAUAGAAAAAGAUGAAUCAAAAUUAAUAUGUUAUUUGCAAUCUUUAUUAAACAAAGAAAUUGAAGCUGGAAAUACUUAUGCACCAAAAUUUCCACUUAAUUUAUCUGAAUUCAAGAAUUAUUUCUUAGUCGGAGAUGUUUUCAUUGUUAUUAAUAGUAGAACAAAUUUAUCAAUCGAUUUUUCUAAUAAUCUUGAAAACGCUAUAUUAGGUACAUUUUAUAUUAAACCAAACUUUCCUGGUCGAUAUUCUCAUAUAAUUAACAAAUCUUUGUAUUAUUAUCUAACAGAUGGUGUAAAAGUUUUGCAUUAA